UAUCUUUUAGAGAGCUUCACUAUGACUAGUACAACAGCCUGUCUUCUUGAUUUAGAAAUCAAGAUCUAACCCUAGCCUAUUCAUUUAAAAGGCUUUUUUGUUCUUGGUUUACGAGAUCUAUAGAUUCUAGAUCUGUUUUUUUUUUGUGUGUGCAUAUGAUAAACGUCUAGAUCUAGAUCUAGAUUCUAAAUUUUAAUAGAAUCUGGUUAAUUCUUUUUGGUUUUCGAAAUGGCAACACAAAUGGAGGUUGAUCCACCUUGUGCAGGCGCAGCUGUUAUGGCUUCUGCGGGGACCACUGGAAGUGUAACAGUUGCACUUCAUCCUCUUGUUAUUAUGAACAUUUCAGAACACUGGACUAGAGUCAAGGCACAGGAAGGCAAACCAACUCAAGUGCUGGGUGCCCUGAUUGGUCAACAAAAAGGAAGAAAAAUUGAAGUGAUGAAUUCUAUAGAACUUGUGUUUGAUGUUGUUUGUGAUGAUGUCAUCAUCGACAUGGAGUAUUAUAAUUUAAAAGAGGGACAUUAUAAACAAGUGUUUAGUGAGAUGGACUUUUUGGGCUGGUACUCCACUGGUGAUGGUCCCACAGAGUCAGACAUCAAAAUACAUAAGCAGUUUUUUACCAUCAAUGAAAGCCCAGUUUUUCUGCAGUUAAAUCCUCAAGCAAGGACUUCAGACUUGCCAAUAUCUAUGUAUGAAUCUGUUAUAGAUCUUGUGAGAGGGGAGGCCACUGUUUUAUUUGUUGACAUCCCAUACACUCUUGCUACUGAAGAGGCGGAGAGGAUUGGAGUGGACCAUGUCGCUAGGAUGUCAACAGCUGAUACUGGAGAUUCUUCCACAGCUGAACAUUUAGUUGCCCAACACAGUUCCAUUAAAAUGUUGCACAACCGAAUCAAGAUUAUUCUAGCUUACAUCCAGGCAGCUCAGAAAGGCGAGGUGACAAAAAACUUGGAUCUCCUGCGGGAAGCUUACAGUUUGUCUUACAGGUUGCCUGUACUCAAUUCAAAAAGAUUUCAAGAAGACUAUUAUACCCAAUGUAAUGAUGUUUGUUUGAUGGCCUACCUGGGGGCUAUGACCAAAGGGAGUAACACAAUGCAUCAGUUUUUGAACAAGUUUAAUGUGCUCUAUGAUAAGGGCAUGGGACGAAGAAUGCGAGGACUCUUCUUUUAGAAAACUACUUGUAAUUUUUGUUUAUCAAGAUAAAGUGUGAACGCUGCCCGAAUUUACUCUAGUUUGUAUUGGGCUAGUUGAUUCAUAUUGUUUGUAUUUUCAUAUAAUGGUUGCAACAAAAUCACAGCGAUUAAAUUUCCAUUUGAAAUAAAUUGUUUUCUGUGUGAGAAUCUGUUACUGUAUUCAAAGUGUAGCCAGCUCCCUGAACCUUUUACACACCUACACUACCCCCUUGACCUCACCCAUAAAACCCACACACAUUUUCCAACACUACUGCCUCUUAAACAUUUCCCUAACACCCAAAACUUUUCU